AUGGAGACGUUAAUUCUGGUUGUUUUAGCAUGUUUUACCUCUGCUUUAGCACAGGUGCCUGGUUUUGGUGGAUGCCCAGACGCUAAACCUCUAGCUCAUCUUGAUCUUAACAGAUAUCUAGGAAAAUGGUACGAGCUGUACAAAAUGCCCAACUUAUUUGAAGGUGGACAGACAUGUGUAACAGCUAACUAUUCUGUGAAAGCUAAUGGACACAUUAAAGUAUAUAACCAUGGAUUUACUAAUGGUGAAGCAGUUUGGGCUGAAGACUCUCCAUAUGCCCCUUACUGGGUUUUGGACACAGAUUACGAUAACUAUUCUGCAGUCUUCUCUUGCGAAUCCUUAGGCGGAUUAGCUCACGUGGAAUUUGCUUGGAUCCUUAGUCGAAAUAAUACUAUCAGUGACAGUUUAAAGCAGAAAAUAUUCAAAAUAUUUGAAAAGAAUGGUGUUGGUACCACUGAUAUCAAGAAGACCGUACAGGAUAAUUGUGGAAAGGAUGUAUAAUGAUGUACAUAUUCA